AUGGCGGCGGCAACAACAUCUUCUUCUUCGAUCUCCUUCUCCACAAAACCUUGUCAUCCCUCAUCUUCCAAGUCUCCAUUACCCAUUUCCAGAUUCUCCCUUCCAUUUUCCCUAAAUCCCCACAAACCCUCCUCCCGUCGCCGCCGUCCUCUCUCCUGCUCCGCCGUUCUCAACCCACCCGUCAAUGUCUCCUCCGCAGCUCCUUCUCCGGCGAAACCCAUCACUAACCCUAAAUUCGCCUCCCGAUACGCUCCCGACGAGCCUCGCAAGGGCGCCGAUAUCCUCGUGGAAGCCCUCGAGCGUCAAGGCGUCGAUGUCGUCUUCGCAUACCCAGGAGGCGCAUCAAUGGAGAUCCACCAAGCCUUAACUCGAUCCUCCACAAUCCGCAACGUCCUUCCUCGUCACGAGCAAGGAGGAAUCUUCGCCGCCGAGGGCUACGCUCGAUCCUCCGGUAAACCGGGAAUCUGCAUAGCCACUUCCGGUCCCGGAGCAACCAAUCUGGUGAGCGGAUUAGCCGACGCGUUGCUCGACAGUGUCCCUCUCGUCGCGAUCACGGGACAAGUCCCUCGCCGUAUGAUUGGCACCGACGCGUUUCAGGAGACGCCGAUUGUUGAGGUAACGAGGUCGAUUACGAAGCAUAAUUACCUUGUGAUGGAUGUUGAGGAUAUACCUAGGAUCAUUGAGGAAGCUUUCUUUUUAGCUACUUCGGGUCGACCCGGACCCGUUUUAGUUGAUGUUCCUAAAGAUAUCCAGCAACAGCUCGCGAUUCCUAAUUGGGAACAGUCUAUGCGUUUGCCUGGUUACAUGUCUAGGAUGCCUAAACCGCCGGAAAGUUCUCACCUUGAGCAGAUUGUUAGGUUGAUUUCGGAAUCUAAGAGACCGGUUUUGUAUGUUGGUGGUGGGUGUUUGAAUUCGAGUGAGGAAUUGGGUAAAUUCGUCGAGCUUACUGGAAUCCCUGUAGCGAGUACUUUGAUGGGUCUUGGUUCUUAUCCAUGUAACGAUGAGUUGUCGUUGCACAUGCUUGGAAUGCACGGGACUGUGUACGCUAAUUACUCUGUUGAACAUAGUGAUCUGUUGCUUGCUUUUGGUGUUAGGUUUGAUGAUCGUGUCACUGGAAAGCUCGAGGCUUUUGCUAGCAGGGCUAAGAUUGUUCACAUAGAUAUUGACUCGGCUGAGAUUGGGAAGAACAAGACGCCUCAUGUGUCUGUGUGUGGAGAUGUUAAACUCGCUUUGCAAGGGAUGAACAAGGUUCUUGAGAACAGAGCAGAGGAGCUCAAGCUUGAUUUCGGAGUUUGGAGGAGUGAGUUAAACGAACAGAAACAGAAGUUCCCGUUGAGCUUCAAGACGUUCGGUGAAGCUAUUCCUCCACAGUACGCGAUUCAAGUCCUCGACGAGCUAACAGAUGGAAAGGCGAUUAUCAGCACUGGUGUUGGUCAACAUCAAAUGUGGGCUGCGCAGUUUUACAAGUACAGGAAACCAAGACAGUGGCUAUCAUCAGGAGGACUCGGAGCUAUGGGUUUUGGACUUCCUGCUGCGAUUGGAGCCUCCGUUGCGAACCCUGAUGCAAUCGUCGUUGACAUUGAUGGAGAUGGAAGCUUCAUAAUGAACGUGCAAGAGCUGGCCACAGCCCGUGUAGAGAAUCUUCCAGUGAAGGUGCUUUUGCUAAACAACCAGCAUCUUGGCAUGGUUAUGCAAUGGGAAGAUCGGUUCUACAAAGCUAACAGAGCUCACACGUAUCUCGGGGACCCGGCUAAGGAGAACGAGAUAUUCCCCAACAUGCUGAAGUUUGCAGAAGCUUGCGGAGUUCCUGCUGCGAGAGUGACGAAGAAAGAACACCUCAGAGAGGCUAUUCAGACAAUGUUGGAUACGCCAGGACCGUACUUGUUGGAUGUGAUUUGUCCACACCAAGAACAUGUGUUACCGAUGAUCCCAAGUGGUGGUACUUUCAAUGAUGUCAUAACGGAAGGAGAUGGUCGGACAAAAUACUGAGAACCGAUGAUUAUCAGAACUUUGUUACGGUCUUGUUGCAUAUGGUAAAAGCUUAGUUGCAAUUUCCAAUUUUUUUUUGGUAAUUUGGGAUUCGUAGUUGUUGAACUGCUUUUUGGUUUACCCCAAGACUUACUGUUGCUGUUGUUGUUUCCUUUUUCGUUUAUAUAUAUAAAUAAACCGGUUCGGUUUAGUUGUUGUGAAUUUGCUCUCUUUGGUUACUGCGUAAUAAAAUGGAAACGGUUCGGUUUA